CCCGACUGCCCCCACCCCACCCCACCACACUCCCAAAAUUCGAAACCGGGUGUCGGCUCCUGAGGUGUUUUCUUUUUCGAACUGCGGCUUGGCGGUGGGGUGCAUAUGGAUAAAUAAGGUCGUGUGGGCGGCGAGGCCGGGGGGCAUCUCGCUUUCUCCUGCUUGCUUGUCUCUGCUUGUCUCUGUCUCUCCGUCUCCUUCAUUGUCUGUCUGUACCCCCGCUCGCCGCCGCCGCAAUGCCCCGCACCGUCCCCGCCCCCACCGCCCUCCCCCGCUCGCGCGUCGGCGCCACGCUCGGCCUGCUGGCCAUGACGGCGCUCUGGAUCCCGCCCGCCGCUGAGGCCGUGUACGCCGACGGCACGCCGGGCUGGAAGGCGCUGCUUGCGCCCCGUGCCGAGCGCAACACGCACAAGGUCACGCGUCCUUUCGGCAAGGGCUCGUCGACGGUCACUACUGAGCAGCUCGCUGCCAUCGGCGUCUAAGCCCCGCCCCCUCAACCUGUACCACCCCCCACCACUGUACCCCCUGUUGUCGCCACACUGUCCUUACGCCCGACGACCACGACCAGACCACUGUCACUGUCCCGUCCUGUCUGUCUGUCCUGUCUGUCCCGCCCCCGCCCCCGCCCGGCUAGAGCUAGAGCUAGAGCUACACCCUAGAGGCUAGAGAGUCCCGGUGCGCGCCGCUGCUUUUGGUUUUUUUUAUCGAUUUGGUAUCAUGCAUCGUGUCGAAUGCG